AGUGAUGGGCUGCAGGCUUCCUAAGCUGCGGAGGACGGGGGAGGAGAAGAGUCCCGGGAAGAUCUACUCCACCCUCCGACGGCCGCAGGUGGAGACCAAGGUGGGCGUGGCCUACACCUACCACUUUCUGGACUUCCUGCUGGGGAAGGAAGAGGUGUCUGUGUCGUCAGUGCUGUGUCUGUCGUCGGUGAGAGAGUUACCUGUCCAGGUGAGGGAGCUGUACGGUCAGGGCUUUGUCCUGGUGGCUGUCCAUCCCUUCGUCCACCCCUGUGGCCCCAGGCCCGCACGCAUCCAACGUCAGCUACACAGAGCCGUCCUCAUCAGAGAGACACACAG